UUACCCAUCACUGUUACCUGCUCAACACUUUUUUUGCAGUGGACACUUUUUUUGACCGACGAAAAUAAAAUACACAUUCGCUUUGUAAAUUGAAGUGAAAGUGAUAACUAAAAUUAACGGUAUCCAAUCAUAUUUUUAAAAAGCAUUCAAAAUGAAACAACAAUCAAACGAAACAAAGUUUUUUUUUGGUAGUUUUGGUGAGGCUGAUGAAUGUCUGUUCGACUAUUUACAUGCAGAGGUGGUUAACUACGUUAUUGGCCAAAACUCCAUCGUUAAAGAUGGUGAUGAAGAUAUAUCAAAACUUGAAUGGAUGGGAUUCGCAGUUGGUUACCGUGUGAUCGAACGUCUCACUAGAGAAUGGGUUCGUUUUAAAGACGAACUUGAUAUGAUUAAAUUCAUCUGCACUGAUUUUUGGUCAAGUUUGUACCAAAAACAAAUUGACAAUUUAAAAACUAACCACCACGGUACAUACGUUCUCCAGGACAAUGCAUUUAGGUUGCUCUCAAAUAUCAGUGGAAAUGAGCAAUAUCUCAAAGAAAGCCCACGGUUACUUGCAUUUACCUGUGGAUUAUUACGCGGUAGUUUAGCUAAUCUUGGCAUUGUUAGUGUUGUAAAAGCUGAAAUAUCAUGUCUCCCAAGUUGUAAAUUUCACGUUGAAGUCCAGAGAGUAUGAAGCUUAUAGUAUAAUUAAUUAAUAUCAAUAAUAAAUGAAAAGGAUAGUGAAUUGAUUUUAUUUUAUUCAAAAUUUCAAUCAAAAUAUUUGUUAUCAGAUUCCGUUGAAUUUAUUUUUGUCAUUCCUAAUAAAAUUGAACACGUCUUUUUGAUCGAUAAUUCCUACAAAUUUGUCAUCCUUAUUCUCAUCGACAACGACAACAAAAGAUUCUUUUUCAAGAAUCCUUGAUACUCUGCCGAUUGUGACAGUAAAAUUAACUUUGCUAAAUGAUUUAACAGCAAGUUUAUCAGCUGGGCAUGAGUUGGUAGCAUCCCCAUUAAUAAGACCAGUCAUGAGUGACUUAACAGAAAUAUAUCCAGUGAAUUUAUCACCAAUCAAAACUGGAAUUAUCUGAUAUUUUUCAUUAUUGAACAUUUCCAAGGCGUAUUGGCACGUUGCACCUUGAGAAAGUGGCUUUUGUUUGACAAAGUUGAUGCUAGAUACUGGAAGAUUCCACCACCAUUUGUUGGCUUCUUUCGGUGCUGGUGGUUCCAUAAACCCACGUGCUUCCAUCCAAUGAUCUGAUACAAACUUCGUCAUGUAGUUACGAAUUCCAUCGGGAAGAAGAACAACUAUUCUUUUAUUAGCUGGUAAAUCUUUCGCAAAUUUAAGGGCAGAGAUAACAGCAGCUCCACUACUUCCACCACAGAGUAAGCCUUCUUCUUUAAUUAGUAGUCUUGCCAUUUUAAAAGCCUCGCAAUCGUCAUUUUUAACCCAAGUGUCAAUAACCCUGUGAUCCAAGACAGUUGGAAUAAAAUCAUAUCCAACACCUUCAACAUCAUAGUAGGUUGUUUUUGUUUUGUUCAAUUCCUCUGGACGAGCAAGAAUACUUCCGAAUGGAUCAACAGCAACGACUUGGGUCCUUGGUGAUAAUUCUUUAAGUUUUCUGCCAAUGCCACUUAUGGUUCCACCAGUUCCAGCACCAGCUACAAAGUAAUCAAGUUUACCAUCAGUUUGCUGCCAAAUUUCAAUUGCAGUUUGAUCAUAAUGAGCUAGAGGAUUG